AUGCGCACCACUGCACUUCGUGCUUUUGCGUGUGCUGCCUAUGUGCGCUGUGCUGCGCACUUGUCUCACAUGCGCUGGCAUAAUAAUAAUGAUGAGAGCGAUGUGAAGUAUGAUUCUUUGUACCAUAGUUUGAAGCGUGGUGAUUGGAAUGCUGCAAAGGAGUUUAUUGAUCGACACCCUGAGGCACUAAAACAUAGAGGUUCAUCAAGCGGUGGGACAACUCUUCACGAGGCAAUCGAGAGGAAGCAGUUACACAUUGUGGAAGAGUUGUUGAAGCUAAUGACAGAAGAGGACUUGGAAAUUCAAGAUGACAUUGGUUCCACAGCUUUUUUCUAUACUUUGCAAAAAGGAAUGGCCUCAAUAGUUACCAGUAUGCAGGGAGCUGCACAUCUUAAUCAUAUUCAAGGUGCAGCUUUGCCAAUGCAAAGAGAGCUACAGUGGUUCAAGGAGGUGGAGAGUAUUGUAAGCCCACAGUGCUUAGAAGUUACAAAUGUUUCUGAGAAAAUGACAGCACGAGAAGUAUUCACCAAGAACCACAAAGAAUUGGUGAAGGAAGGAGAAGAGUCGAUGAAAGGGACAACAACUUCUUGCACAGUUGUAGGUGCCCUCAUUGUUACCAUUAUGUUUGCUGCUUCAUUUACAGUUCCUGGUGGAAACAAUCAAGAUACAGUGAUGAUAUUCUUGGGAAUUCUCACAUCACGUUAUGCAGAAGACGAUUUCCUCAGCGUUCCAAUCGCCUCGUUUGUGUGGAUGCAAUUUCCCCUCUUUCUUGACAUUUUCAUGUUUACCUAUGGAAAAGGAAUAUUUGACAAGAAAUGCAGAGCUUGGGAAUAA